AUGCUGCAGGAGAGUCUGGGAGGAGGUGGGGAAUCCGCUGCAAGCGCCAAGAAAGCAUUGACGCAUGUGCAGAAGUUGGUGCAGCUCGCCUCUGCAAGACCCAAUGCGCUGACCCUACGUGAAUACCGCGACGCCUUGGAGGAGUCUUUGAAGCCGGAGGGCAGCGCCGUCAUGAAAACGGUCGGAUUUCAGCUCGCCGGGAUCGCUCCUAGGUGCUGCACUCACGAGGUGUGGAGGUUUAUCCUGGAGGCGGUAGUCACCGAGUUGGGGAAUUCCGAGAACACGUCGUCCCUGGCGGCUGCGAUCUCAGUUUUGGGAUCCGUCCCGUUACCUCUUGUACUGGGGUUCUUGCUGUCGCCCGAGAGGGAACCGAUGAACAAGCUGCGCUCAAUACUGACUCACGAAGAUACCGAAGUACGCUGCAGCGCUAUUGAGACCCUCUCGAAGUUGACGCUGGAUGUGGUUAUCAACGUCGCUGGAGACGGACUCUUUGUCUUCCCAUUUGAGUCGCACGAGGCGCGUAUCUGCUGCCAGCAAGAUGUCGAGACCAUGGUGAACGACUGCUGGAAGUUGAUAUUCCACACGCUGUCGUUCGACGACCAAUCCCAAAGCGCGGCCUUCGCUGCAGGAACUGCUUUUACAGCUUUAGCGAACCUAUUUGCUCGGUCGAGCACGCUGGCGCAAUUUUUCACUAGUAAUCGAGAGUCAAUCCGCGCACAAGCUCAUAUGGAUGAUGUUUCCUCCACGAUCUACAAGCAUGCGUUCCCGCGGAUUCGAGUGCUAGUCGCUACUGCCCGCGUACUGCCCAUAAAGCAACAACCAGACGCUAUGCUUUGGAUUGCCAUGUUGCUCUACACGAUGAUGGAACGUAGCGGUGCCCGAUGCCCAGGUGUCAGCGUACCAUUCGUUGAGAUCGAUACUGAAGACAACAACGCUGACGGUGCCGAUGAUGAUGAGGAAGGCGCGCACGAAUCCACUGAGCCUGUUCGAAUUGAUGGUCUGGCGAGUGAUUUGCUUGAGUUCUGGGCCUUCCCUACGAUUUCAAGAAAAGUAUCGCUUACUCAGGCUACGAGCAUGUGCCGCGCCAUUUUCAUUUUGCUGUCACAUCCGUUACAAGCUCUCACUCGGAUGGGUUGGGCUGCUCAGCUCGCCAACCAUCUCAUCGCGCAGUGUUACCUCGCAAACAGAAGUUCUAACAACAGCAACAGUGCUGAGUUCAAGCACGAGCUUUGUACCAUGCUCGUGAAAACGUUUGGGUGGCUGUCCGGUGUGAAUUGUCAGUCGCUGUUUGUGCGUACGACUGAAGCUCUUUAUCUUGUGGACCAGGAAAAAGACCGCCGAGAUCUCGUACAAGCUCUCAUGGAUACGAUUGCCGCACACGUUGUUGACAACCGGGACUUUCAAUUGCUGCAGGGGUUGUGCACGAUGACGUUUUUUCGACAACCGAAGGGGUUCUCCAGAUUAUCCCCGCGUACCAACGGCUCCGAGGUGUUCCGAUCAUUAUUUCACGCGUUAGCCACCACGCCCGAGCUUACUUCUCCGCCUCGACGUGGAGCCAUCGAGCACCAAAUAUCGCAGCUUAUUGCAUUGAGAGUGUUCCGUGGGCUUCUACUUCUGCAGCUCGGUGGGUCAGCUACAACUUCGCCUAAGGCGUAUCGUCGGUCCUGCGAAAUCAGCGAGAACAUCGUAUACUACACGUGCUUGCUAACAUCGCACUUCCAGGGAAUGCUUGCGUGCCCGGAACUUGCGCUACGUGAGUCGCUCGACUUUUUCCAGCAGGAAUUGUUCCCCACUAUGGACCAGAUCGCCUCCCAAAGCGCUCGUCUCCAGAUUCUAUGGGUUGGUGUGCGUCUUCACCGUAGCUACGCGUCACAUGUACCAUUCGAAACGAUGGUGCGAGAGCUCCAGCGUGAGGCUGGUCGGCUCUUCAUAGCGAUAUGGCAUGACGACGACGAGAUGGAGGGCGCGACUUUCGACAACGGAUUGCUAGGGUGCGGUGGCGCUGGGGAGGAGACGCUGGCGAGUCGUAAACGCGCAGGGGAUGCUAACAACGUGGAUGCAUUGAUGGUGCUCGGCGACUGUAUCACGACCCUCGCGCAGUACCAGCCCCAAAUGCAACCGCAGUUUCUUCAGAUGUGCGAGAAAAUGAUUGCAGCGUUAUCAGCGUCAGGAAGUCCGCCGGCAACCACAUCGCAGCAGUAUCGUGUCAUUGAAGAUGUUAUGGUUCUCCUAUCAUCCCCACCAGCCACAGACUCACAGGCGGGCUCGGAUACCCCGUUUUCCAAAGAUAUAUUCGACCCACAAGAUAUUUUCCUGCCACGAAAAUGCCUGAAUGGGGACGAUAAAGAGAAGCAUCUGGAAACCUUGUCAGGUGAAGAAUAUCGAGAAGCCAUCACCGUCACUGGGAGCGCUGACCCGGUUUCCGUGCGGAUCUCACAUCACCACCCUUUUAUCGAAAAGGAAGAGAUUAUCGAACUCGAGGUUAGCUGCUGCAAUCUCACGACGUGGCCGCUAAGUGACCUGGAAAUCCAGCUCCGUCCCCUUGGAGGUGUGGGUGUUGUUCAGUGCGUCGACGCUUCAAAUGACUUGAAGCUUCGUUUAUUGCGUGCCGGGGAGACCGCCAGCGUUGGUACGAGCGGAGGCAGCACCAGCUUGCCGCCAUUCGGAGUGAUCAAAGCGGAAAAGCGGUUCCGUGUGUGCAAGUUCACUCAGGCCACCUUCCUGGUACAAGCUGUACUCGUCCAGGAACCCAGCCAAGAUGGCGACGACAUGGGUGCCAAUCCAGCAGAAGAAGUAUCCCCGACUCCGAUCCGUUUGGCCUUCAGUAACCGCUACGUGCUUCACUUUGAUACUCUGCUUCGACUGCCGCAAUCUCAAUUCGCUACUGCGGCAUUCUUCCAGCACUGUUGGCAAAGUGCCAACUCGAGCCUAUUCUGGCGAGUCAAGUCGCAGGAGGGAUUCGGAGGCAAGCUUAGUGCAUGCCGGCACGCGCUCCACUACAUGAACGCCAAGAUCGCCGCUGUCUCCGAGUUGCUCCUCGACCUGCCGAUGAACUUCCACAUUGCUAUGCUCACGCAGACACGCUGGGGAUCGUACGUGGUUGCUUCACUGACUAUGAGCCUGGACUCUGCUUCAGCGAAUUGGUCUGGAACAUUAGAGGUCCGCUCAACUCGCGACAAUAUCCGCGAGCUCGAGAAGUGGCCGAAGGACACCACUCGUCUCUUUGGCGGAGACCACGCGCAGCUCUGCAGCACGCCUACGGUCUCCACGACUGCGUUGGACCCCGUCAACAACGCAGUUAACACCGCAACUCUCCCAAGUCAGCCACCAGCAUUGGACGAUGCAUUCUCAGUCCCUGCGCAGCCUCCCGCUGCCAUCGGCGCUACGUUCGCCAUUCCAGAGGCUACACCGUCGACCUUCGCCAUGCCAGACGUGAGGUCCACGGCGAGCUUCCACAAGGACGUCAGCAUCCCCACCGACCGCCUGUCGUCGUUCGCGCGCACGCAGCAGCUCGAGCAGCUUCGCGCGCCCGAGGCCGCUCCUGCCCCCGACGAGCAGUGGGGCAGCUUCCUGUAG